AUGGCUGACACGGUAAUUCCCCCAAAUUCCAUGGGAAGCUCAGGGCUAUCAGUAUGCCUCGAGCUCGUACCUGAAACAGGGGAUCAUUCACCAGGCGGCCAUUAUAAAGGCAGCGACGACGAUGUGAUCAAAGCCAUCAAGUAUGCGAAAGAAAACAACAUCACUGUGGCCGUGCGUACAGGAGGCCAUCAAUACAGCGGCGCGUCAUCCACUAAUGGAGAUAACAUUCAACUCGAUGUAUCCGAGACGUAUCAGGAUUUUGAAUGGGAGGAUGACGAUUGCACGAUAGUGACACUCGGUAUUAGCAUCUCGUUGGACGAUUUCAAUAAAAACUUCGGGGGAAAGAGACGAUUCUUGCCACAUGGUCAAUGCCAAUACGUCCAUGUGGCUAGUGCUUGUACUGGUACCUGA